AUGUCAGGCUAUAAUAUCAUUUGGGUCUUUCUUAUUGUAGCUGCUUUAUCUGCGGUUGGUUAUGUUGCUACUCCCAAAGGAAACAACCAAACCGUCAUUCGAACUGUAAUUAUCAUGUCACUUGCUUGCUGUUACUUGAUGUGGGCUAUUACCUAUUUGGCACAAUUGCAUCCUUUAAUUAACCCUGUCAAGACUGGACUUCGACCUCACCAUGAAUAA